UGCGCUAUUAUCAAAAAAAAAAAAAAACAAUAAAAAUAAAAAAUCGUCACUGUCAAAUUGUUUCCUUGCUUCAGGUGAGAACUUUGGUGUAACAUUAAAUCUGUUGACGGCAGACCAAUACUUGGCCAGUAUAGGCGCAGACUUUGUAAAAAUGGCGUCUGAUGCAGGUUGCCCAGAGACCAGCAGCAGAGCUCUUAUUGACCAAAACAACAUCAGUGUUUUGUAAGUCAUCUCUCCAAGGGAUGAAGUCUGCCGUUGCGUCGAGAGUUGCGUCGGACAGGGAAGCGCACACCAACCGCCUUCAUCAUUUUUGCCAUCAUGGGAAUCUACGGCCGCACUGCUGCACAGCUCUCUAACCAACAUGAAUGUCUUUACGCGUUCCAGGGGACAUGAUCGCCGUUCGCUCGUUUAUCGCCCGUUUACGAUUGAAGAAGAAGAAGUGACCUUCUCUGAGGCGGAGGAUGUCAGCUCUGAAAAAGACCAGAAGUUUACAUCUUGGUCCCCACCUCGGAAGGUAAAUGAAGGCAGACGUCUCCCCCCUGCCAGGAACAUGAAGGGCUUAUCGGGCAGUCGUUCCCAGCAUCAUAUCCCUUUACCUCAUGGUUUGGACUACGAUCCCCACAUUCACGAUUUCCAUGGCCACCAUGGCUCUGACUCCCGCCACCCGUCAUACCUACUCAGCCCCACAGAGAGUUGCCCCGUGGACUUCCACCACCGGUACUCACCCCGAAGCUCCAUCCACUCUGACUGCAUGAUGAUGUCCCCUGUCAUGAUGCCCCCACCUGCCGCAUCAGACCACAUCUCCAGCAGCACCUUCCCCAGAAUGCACUACAGCUCUCAGUAUUACGACUCAGCCACCCGGGAAGACUGUGCUGCCAUCACGGCCUCCGCCACCUCGCCGGCUGUCGCUGCUGCGGCAGCCGCUGCUGCUGCCUCCUCCCACCACGCCGGCACUAAAAGCAAUCGCCUUCCAGCUAACCUGCUAGACCAGUUUGAGAAACAACUGCCACUUCACCGCGAUGGCUUCCACACGCUACAGUACCAACGCACGUCCACAACCACUGAGCAACGCAGCGAGAGUCCCGGCCGCAUCAGACACCUCGUUCAUUCUGUUCAAAAACUCUUCACCAAGUCCCACUCUUUGGAGGGGUCAUCCAAGAUGAAUGGCACAAAAGGUGAUGUAGGAGGUGGAGGAGCAGGGUCUUAUUACCAUCAUGGCCACCACUCCACCAAACAUGGCAGCAAGAGGAGCAAAAGUAAAGAACGUAAGCACCGCUCUGGAGGUUGGUGGAGCUCUGAUGACAACUUGGACAGUGACAGCACCUACCGCACACCAAGUAUAAUGUCGAGACACCACGGGGAACAUGUCAGCCACUGCUACCCAGAAUCCAUGCACAGCCAUCACUUUGGUGAAAUGUCGCUCAAGGGCUCCAAGAGUAACAAUGAUGUCAAGUGCUCAGCCUGUGAAAGCAUGGCCAUGGCACCCGAGGGCAAAUUUAUGAAGAGGAGCUCCUGGUCAACACUAACAGUCAGCCAAGCCAAGGAGGCCUAUAGGAAGUCAUCGCUUAAUUUGGACAAACCCAUGAUGCACACCGACCUCAAAACGUCUUCACGAGCAUGUCAUUACCUUCAGGUACCCCAAGAUGAGUGGAGCGGUUACCCCGGUGACAAAGAUGAGGAGAUUCCAUGUCGCCGCAUGCGGAGCAGUAGCUAUGUCAAAGCUAUGGGGGAGCUGGAGGAUGAAAGCGGAGACUCCGACACGAGUCCUAAGACUUCUCCACAGGCAGCCAUUCGUCCUGAUGCUCUUGUCCUUAAAUCAGCCAUGCAGAGACCCCAUUUAGACUCCCAAAGGGUUACCACUUGCAAACCAGAGAUUUGCGGCCCCACCCAAGUGUCACGCUGGAUCCUGCCACCUCCUUUCAUCCCCCUCCUUUUCGCUCUCGCAACCAGAGCUACAUGCGUGCCGUUAGCACUCUCAGUCAAGCUAGCUGCGUCAGCCAGGGGAAGAAUCAAAGUGAGAAAGAGAAAGGAAGAGGAAAAAUUAAGGACUGCUAUUCCUGUUUUUGUCUCUCAGGUGAGUGAGACUGAGAUCAAUGGCCAGUUUGAGUCAGUUUGCGAGUCCGUUUUUAGUGAAGUAGAAUCACAGGCCAUGGAGGCCUUGGACCUGCCUGGUUCGUUCCGCACUCGAAGCCACAGUUACCUCCGUGCAAUUCAGGCUGGUUAUUCCCAAGAUGACGACUGCUUGCCUUCAAUGACAUCCUCCACUGUCACUUCAACUCUCAGAUCCACAACAGGCGCCCGUAGUUUAGCUGGGGGGCGUAGGGAGUACGGUAGGUCUGGGAUUCAGUUUCGUCUCCCUACUUCAUGCAGUGUGGACCGUGCUCAGCCACCUCCAGCGGUUUCAUAUCCUCCCAGUUACAAGAAGACCCCACCUCCUGUGCCCCCGCGCGCCACCACCAAGCCUCUUAUUUCUGUGACAGCCCAGAGCAGUACAGAGUCCACCCAGGAUGCCUACCCGGAAGGCAGGCAUUCGCGAGGCGGUCUGUGGACCACGGAUAGCCUUGGACGCCCUAUCUACAGCUCCAUGGACAGCCUGGACAGCAGCAAGGCGGUCACCUUGGCCAUGGAAUCAGCGGCAGGCAAGAGGCAUGCGUUGGUGGGAAGUCACACCUCCGUCCAGACAUGUGACAAGGCGGUACUGGUAUCAAAGGCUGAGGAGUACCUCAAAACCCCACGUUCUUCUAUUGGUAUACAGGUGGAGACUGUGACAGACUCUGAGGCUGACAGUAAAGGUCUUCCUCAGUUUCACUCCAUAGGGAUCCAGGUGGAAGAUAGGAAAAGGCACGGGAGGUUCAAGCGUUCCAACAGUGUGACCACGGCGGUGCAAGCAGACUUGGAGCUGGAAGGCUUUCCCUCCAUGGAGGACAAAGGCCUGCAGUUCGGUGGCGCCUUCGGACGCCACUCUGAGCCCAGCACACCAACUCAGUAUGGAGCCAUCCGAACUGUCCGCACGCAGGGUCUUUUUAGCUACAGGGAGGACUACCGGCCUUCCAGUGGGCGCUCCAGCCCCCAGCCUGAACCCUGGUUGGUGGAACCCAGCCUGGAGAGCACCGACUCAGGCCGAGUAUCCCCCCUCCGGAGAGAUGGCAGCUGGUUCAUGCAACUCCUUCGCAAUGAAACAAAGAGGCUUGAGGAAUGGUGCAAAGAGAUGGAAAGAGAAGCAGAGGAACAUGACCUGUCAGAGGAGAUCCUAGGAAAAAUCCGGAGUGCAGUUGGAAGUGCUCAGCUACUAAUGUCUCAAAAGUUUCAGCAGUUUUACUGGCUGUGCCAACAGAAUCUGGACCCCAGUGCCAUGCCUCGACCCACAUCUCAGGACCUGGCUGGAUUCUGGGACCUUUUGCAGCUUACCAUUGAUGACGUCACUGCCAAGUUUGAUGAGCUGGAGCAGAUCAAGAGCAACCAGUGGCAGCUGGUGGAGAGCCCCGAAAAGAAGGAGCAAAAGUGGCCCCCACCUCUGCCAAAGAGGCCAGCCAGGGGCCGUGGUGGUAUGAUGAGGGAGCGCUCUCUUGACCUCCAGGACCGCCAGCGACAGGAAGCCCGCAGACGCCUCAUGGCUGCCAAACGAGCAGCUUCUUUCAGACAAAACUCAGCCACGGAGAGGGCGGACAGCAUUGAGAUCUACAUCCCAGAGGCCCAAACGCGGCUUUGAGGUCCACACAAUCCUCCUUAGCUCCUGUAGUCCAUCUCCAUCUGACACCAGCAGGUCGCGGCACAACAUCUGCCCUAUGUCUCCUGUUUGCUGAAUCUUUUUACAUGCUGUCCUGGCUGUCCCUGAAAAGAAAAUACACUAGGCAAAGAUUUUAACAGAAAAUGUUAUCCCAUUUUUUAUCUACAUAAAUGACAACAGUGAUGAAUGAUAAAAUGCAGCCAUCUUAAAGACACGGGAGUCUGAUUUUUGACCACGUUUUUAAGUCCCGAUAAUCUGGAAUAAUGAUACAGCAAACAUUUUUUUUCAAUUUUCAUUUGAUAUUCUUCAGCUAAAAGUCACCCCGUACCAGCCAAACAUAAUAAAUACAGAGGUUGUUAAUGUCCACAAAAUCUACCUUUGCCAACUGUAUCUUAAAGAUCACAGGGACAUUUGCCAAUGGCUGAGAACAAGCUAACAUAAAGUAAAAUAACAGCUGCCCGAAUUAAAUCAAUUUUAAGACUUCUUUUGUCUUUUUUGGUCCACCUAAAUUAUUGCUGUUCCCGAACUGUGUCAAAGGACAAAAACACUUUUUUUUUCCAUUCAGAGAAACAAAGCGCUACUUUCCCCUGGUGGCAACAAUGGUCUGUGGCUGAAGCACCCGUUGUGUUUCCUCUAUCACUCAAAGUUACCAUGUUAUUUCUUUGCAGUAUAAUUUUAAAUUUCUUUGCUUUUUCCUUAUUAUUAUUUUUUUAAAUACGGUGAAAACCUGAAGAAGAGUUUGACUUUUUAAAAUUAAGCGUUCAAUUUGCCAUGGUUGAUGUGGCAAGUACUUCACAUAUUUUUCUUUGAUCGUACUUUAAUCAGUCGUACUGCAGCCAUUAACCAUUGUUGCUGGCUAGGAUUAAAAAAAACAAAAAAAACCCCACUAAAGAAUCCAUCCAGAAAUCCUUUCCAUCCCUGCAAUACCAUUCAGUCUUAGGACUUUUUUAAAGACGUGUGAAUUACUAGCUGCUGUCCACAUUUCCACUGCAGAACAAAUAUGAAUUAUUAACAAAAAAAAAAAGAUUUACACAGCCUGAAAAAGGUUAUUUCAACCAAUGCAUUUUGCACCUUAUAAUAUUCAUGUUUGUAUUUCCAAGGGAAAUGUAGUUUAUGACGCUCAUGUGAUAUUGUUGCAGUUGAAUUGCAAGAACAGAGAUGAAAAAUCUACUACAGAAUUUCAUAUAUAAAUAUAUAUAUAUAUAUAUAUAUAUAUAAGUUGUAGAAAUUGCACCUUGUUUCCUUUUUUAAUGGCAUUAAUGCCACUUUUAAGUAAGCUUUUAUGAUUCUAACACUUUUAAUUCUACUUAUAGUAUCUAUCAUAAGACCAAUUUCAGAGUUUAUGCUAUACAUUUACUAUUUCCGGUAAUAACAGGCAUUGGUUGAUAUGACAGAUCAUCUGUCUGGUUAUUCAGUAAUAUUUCUUAGCUGAGAGUUUCCAUUCUGCACUGCAUCUGACUUUCUGUUCUCGUUUGAUCUGCUUGUGUAGUUCUAGGGAAAACAGGUGCAAAUGACACUUUAACAAUAUUCAGUUACUAUAAUAAAUGGUGCUGCUUUUUACUCUAAAACUGUUGUCCCUCACCCAUUCCUACACACACACACACACACACACAAAUAACAGUACUUUUUACACUGAGAUUUAUUAACAUGUCUCCCCGAUGGUUGAGUGUGACAAUUUUGCAAUGUUGUUACUUUCAGUGAAUUAAAUGAGGAGACAGUUGUUUUAGUUCAGAUUGUUGCCCAGAAUAAAGUAAAGGGAGUUUUACUGAGAUGAAUAACAUUAUUAUUACUAUUAUUAUUGAGCAGGAGGGAAAACAGGUUUGACAUUCCAACAACUUUUAAAAUAAAAUUAAGGAUACAUCAUGGUUCAUGUUUUUAUUUUUCCUCACACUUCCAGUUCAUUCCCACUCAUCUCCAUUUGCCAGUCCAACCUCGGGUAAUUAAAACAAAUGCUGAGGUUGCCACCAUGAUCAUGGUGGGUCAAAGUGUUUCCUGUUUUAAUCUUAACACGUUCAGUGGUGGGGAGCAGUCUGCGUUCUCUGUAUGAGGUGGUGAAAAGUUAAGAGGGAUAAUGACACUAUUUAAUUAUAAUUUCUACUGACAAUGAGGCUCAGCAUGAGCUGGACUAUUUUCCUCCAGGAUGAGUGCGCUAAAUCUGAAACCUUUACCCUAUGGCCUUACCAAAACACUAAUGAAUGUAGAGAUGACAUUGAUGCAAAAAAUGUCCCAGGAGAUCGGGGAUUGCGAAAAUUUCAAAUAAAUACAACGGGAUGACAGGGUGUUUUGAUAUCAUUUGUUUGUCCAUGCAAAUUGUUGUAUAUUUAAUUUCCAAUAUGAAAUAGGGCAAACAUAUUAUUUACUUUUUAAUGAGUUGAAUUUUGUUAGCUCAUAAAUGAGCAACUGGGUAUUGAGCCUGAACUCACAAAAAAGUGUAGCAUUUUCAGAACAUAGAAAGUUUAGAACGAGUUCACAGAAAAUGCUAAAACAAAGUAAAUAGAUUGAACUUUUUUCAGAUAUAUCAUUAACUUUGCUACAGUGCUUUACAGAAGUAUGUACACCCCUUAUACUCCUUGGAUAGUAUAUUUUACACAUAUAAAUCUGCAAAUUGGCGCACAUUUGUAUUCAGCCCUUUUAUUAAGAUUUCCAAUAUAAGGUCUAGUUAAAACCUAAAGUCAACUAAAAAUUGUUAUUCAUAAACAAUCCUUCCACAGCUGCAUUCAUUUGAUGGCAACUGGCUGAACUAAAUCUAUUUUGGGGUUUAUUAGAGUAGAUAGAAAAUUACCUUGACAUUUUUCGGGUGUUAAUUUGUUUCAAAAGUGGAAAGCCACAAAUCACUUUCCUUCUACUUUAAAACAAUGUCUUGGUCUAUCACAUAAAAUCCUAAUAAAAUACACAGUUACUGAUCUGUAUAUACAUUAUAAAUAUGCUUAUUACAAAUAUUUUUACAUUAUUUAUUUCAGGUUGUGUUAACUACUUUAAAGGUCUAAUUUAAGCAAAAAACAAACAAACAAUAUAUUUUAUAGAUGUGUGCCCCCUAUAGAAUAAAGGGAUCGCAGCAUACAUUUGCUCAAUAAGUCCAGUGCAUUAUAGACGUACAAUAAACUGUUAAGAUGGUAAGGGCUUAGUCUUUACAGGUCGCUUUUUUUUUUCAACAUUAUUGUUCAUAUUAUUUUGCUUAAAAUGAUUUAUGUUGUGGCAGAGUGGUAGAGAGGGAAAAAAACAUACAAUGCCAUUUUUCAAUUAUUUUGAGCAUGAUUUGAGAUUGGUUGUGUUUCUUAUGUUUGAAUUAGACACUAAAACAAUGUAAUGUAAAAUGCUUACAAUUUAUCACAUUAUGUUUUUAAAAUUUGGUCAAGACCUUCAGUGAACACAUUUGCUUCCCAAAAAUGUGAGAACUUAUGCAAAAGGUUUUUCAGAUCAUAGUGGCCACGCUUACUGUCAUCGGAAGCUUUACUUCCUGUUUAGUCUUUCAUCUUCAUUUCUCCUUUGUUGUCUUUAUCAACAUCUCAACUCAUCUUGUAGAAGGACGUAUCUGCUGAAAACACCACAGUUGUUUUAUCUCGAUUGAGCGACGGUUGAUGGGCUACUUUUACAAUCUAACUGCUCUUCCACCUGACUGAAGUCAGACAAAGUCUACUUCCCACAGACUGCAAACUGUGACUCCAUCAUGUCUACUGCUGCUGAUCUGGUGGCCUCUAUCACCAGUGCAGGUUUUAAAUUAAAUUAAGAUUAAACUGAGCUUCUCACAGCUUUAAAUUCGUGUUUCUGUUUUACUUGCGUGACAGUUGGUAUGAGUCAAAUCUGUCAUUAUCUUUCCUCCUUUGGGACAUUGUGUUCUGGUACUUUAAAAGAGGUGGGACUGAGAUGCAAGAGCAAAGUGAUAAGGAUUAUCUCGAAAUACACUCACAACUUCAUAGUGUUUUGAGUGAAAAAUCAUGUCACUUCAGCUGCUUUCACAGUUGGACUGAAAUCCUGACACCAGGAUGUUCUUAGAAGUUACAGGGACAGUGUUGGAAAUGACUACGCAUCUACAGUAAUACAUUGUAAGGGGUAUAAGAUACACAAUUACAAUAUCAGAAAUCACACAAAGUGUUUCUUGUAGUAUCUUGCAGGGACGUUAUAAUAUCAUGGUGCCAUUUUCGUACCAUUAUCUUUGAGUUGCUAUAAAUGUUUCCUGUGUUUUUCAUCACUCUCCCAACCAUUUUAUAUGGGGCUUAGAAGUUUGGCAACUAUGUACAUGACAAAUCCUCAGGUGCCUUACAGUUUGAUUCUCUUAGGACUGAGCAAAUGAUUUGGUUUGAGGUUUGUGAAAGAACUGCAAGACCUUUUAGAGUUUGUACCUUCAUAAAGGGCUGGAAACUAUAUGCUUGGUUGGAUCACAGAGUUAAAAGUGGAACAACAUUUAUAUUUGCCUGUUUCAGUUGUCCUGAUUUAGCACAAUAUAGUCUAGAAAAAAGACAUCAAAGAAGAGAAAUUGCUGACGUUUAUUCUGGUCACAAUUCAAUGUAUUUGGUUCAGACCUUAGUAAAUGUGUUAGUAUAAUUUCAAAUACUUUUUGAUCCAUAUAUAAAAAAACACUUUAAAAACUAAUCAAAGGAAGGUAAUUGUUUCAGAUUAUAUUUUUUCAUUCAUAAGUGUCUUUACUAUCACCUUCUGUUUGCCCAUUUUGGAAUCUCGGUGUAUAUUAGAGUUGGAGACUGGACCAGCUGAAAAAAGUGCAAUAGUAUUUUAUUACAAUGACAGACAGGCUGGCCUGGAGCUAUUUACCUCAUGGUUGAGUGUUUUAGCGAACGUUAUUAGGAGCAGUUAUAGGCUCCACGUGAACGCUUUUUCAUGCCUGUGUACUAUGCAGCAGUGCCUCUGCAGGGUGGCUGAGGUUGCAGGCCUCUGUGCAGAUUGAACUUCAUACAGGAGACCGCUAAAGGCACCAUGUACAUUGUGAUAAAUGCAUCAGAAGGAAACACAACCAGAAUGGGAUACAGCUAAUCUGCCAGUUGGUAUUUAGUUUACACUGAUAUAAAAUGUUUAACAUUUAAAUAUCUAACAAUGACGUUCAAGGACUCACAAGAAUAGGUCCUUAUAGAGUUGCUACCCAUAUUUUUUAUCCAUAUCAAAAGCACCAUAUUUUAGAUCAUUUCACUGAAGUUAAACCUCACAGAAGUCUAGGUGCUGAAAUAACCAUCUUAUUGUAUUACAUGUUGGUUUUAUUUUAUUUUAUGUUCAUAUUUGACUAAUUAGUAAACACCAAAACCAUCCAGUGCACAUAAACUUUAGAUCAGCAGUGUAAUGGCAUAUUCUCUACUACUCAGUAAAGUUUCCGCUCAUGAUUUUGAGGAUUUUUGUAAACUCAUUCAACUUUCAUUAUCUCCAACAUUGUUGCUCUACAAUUUUCUUGUUCUGUUUUCAUAAUUCACAUGAUGACAUCAGAACUCGUUUCUGUCCAAGCAUCAAGCAAAUAUGAACAUUUACUGUGAGGCUCGUGUAAACCUCAUCUCUAUGUAUGAGUGUUUCUGCCUUUCAAGCAAUAACCCUCAUUUAAGUGUUACAAAUGUUUUUGUGUUGGUUUCUGAAGUCAAAGGAAUAUUUGAUGAUUCCUUAGCUGGUUAAAGAAUAGUUUGUCACAAUAGGUUGUAUGCCUAUUUCACUUUAUUUGAUCAGAAAAGACUUCUGUUAAACACAUCUCCUGUGAACUUAGAAAAGUUACUGAUUUGUUUAAAGGUUGUUGUUUUUUUUCAAUUGCUAGCCUACCACAGAACAAAUGCAAUGAUGUAAAACCAAUACUUGGUAUUCAACAAUGUGGUAAAAGAGUAUCGGUCGCCUAAACUCAUCAUCGGGAUGAAUGUCAUAUUAUGUUUUAGCUUUUAGUGAUUUAGUUACAUACAUCAAUGCCUUUUAAACACAAGCGCUGGGUGCCUGAGUUUGAAUUGGAUAUUUAAUUUAAUCCAGAAAGAAUUAUACAUACUUAAGUCCUAAUGUAGACACAAGUAACAUAACACACAGCUGCUUUUUGGAUAGAUUUUCCAUAGUAAGUUGCAUAGAAACCAAAUGUGUUUUGUAGUCAUCGAUCACAUCAUAAUUCUAACUGGCAAAGUGAUCAAUCCAUUUAUUGCAAAAUGUAGAGAUUGCACAGAUCAAGCUUUUAAACAUGCCCCAUAAAUUUUAAUCAAAGUCAAAGCUAUUUCAUAAGAACAAUGUUAUCCUGCUUAAUCUACUAUAAUGUCUUGUUCAGUCAACUGUGUCUAAGUAUCAACCAUUUGGCUGUUAAGGUGAGGUAAGAUUUAGGAAUUUAAAACUAGUAAUCUGCCUUAUUAAUUCCACCAACUUUUACAAUGCUUAAGUACGACCGGUAGCAAAAACAGCUCCACAGCCCAAUACUACCACCUCCAUGCUGGGCAGUUGGCACAGUGUUCUUUGACUAGUGCUCCUGGCCAGCACUAGACAAAGUGUCUAUUAUGAUAUCAAACUAGCUUCAUUAUAGAUCAGGGCAGGUGUUCCAGCAUUUCCUAGUUUAUGAUACACUGUAGCCUGGUGGUUCUUGUGCUGUUCUUGAACAUGCUUGCCAAUCACUUUGCAACUGAACAUUACAAAUCGGGUCAUAUGAUUGAAAUUUGGAGACACAUUAGUGUUCUGGCAGGACAGAGAUCCGAAACACAUAUCAAUUUAGUUGGGGAAUAGAUGGAGCAGAUUAAAUUAGGUCCCUGAAACGGUCUCAAAGCUAUGACCUAAACCCUGCUGUAAAAUUAUGGACCAUGUUUGAACGCCAGGUCCCCGGCAGGAUAACAAAUCCAGAAAAGUACUCAAAUAUUCUCAUAUUGUCUAUGGGUACAUGAAAACGGCUGUGGUCAAGGUGCAACAUGUUAAAAGUUCCUUUGCUAAAUAAUGGUGCCAGUGCAUGUAUAUAUUUAAAACUGUUUAGUUCUGACUGUGAAGAAUAUAAACAAAUCUACAAUAAAUUCAAACCUGUGCACCCAGUUCUUGUUUAACGUUACGUAAUAUUUUUUUGUAUGGUGGAGAAAGGAACGACUCAAACACAUCACUAAAAGCCACAUCCACGAUGACUGCAUGUCAACUUUAGACCAAAGCUCUACAAGUAGGUUACUUUUUGAAAGGGCUAGCAAUUUAGCCAGCUCCAAGUCCUUAUGCUAAGCUAGGAGAGGUGCUAAUUUAAUAUUUCCCGCACAAGACAUAGUGGUGUCAAAGAUCAACACUGAAUUGACAAACUAUUCUUUUCACCAGGCAGCAUUAGGAUUAAUAUCCACAAGUUUGUUUUGUGUAAUUUAUUUUAUUAUAUUUGGGGUUUUUUGGUUGCAGCUUCAGUGCCCAUCUGUGUAAUGGGCCUGACUAAAUGUACAAAUCCAGUACUGACUCUGAGGGGCACUAAUACUAGUCAUAUUAUAACAGUUCUGCCAGAAUUGCACAUUAUGUAAUUUGGAUAUAUUUUGUGUAUAAAUAUGAAACUGCUAAAGAAAACAUAUUUUUCAGUGUUUUAUGAAGAGAUAGAACAGACACCGUUUUGUUUGACUUUGGUGGAGAAAUGUGUUGUGGGUUAUGGGUAGAAAAAAAACAACCUAAAAUGACAUCAAAACCAUCAGAUAGUAUAUACAGGUGUGUGGUUAGCUUAAUUCUAUUUUGAAAUUGUUUAAUAUAUCAAUAAUGAGGACAAACAUUAUGCCAAAUAAGUAUUUGUACAGAAAUAUACAUAUAUAAAUAUAUAAUUUAGGCCUAAUUUAUUUAAAACUAUUUUCUGCUCUUGACCCUGUUUUGGUUGUUUAAUGUUUCUUUGUCAACAUUUUAUAAUAGCAUGCAGGAUAGUAAAUGAUUGUAUUAAUUAGUGAUUCAUUGCUGGUCAGUAUAACAGCAGUCUACAGAUCAGUUUGUGUUUGCAAGAUUACUUUAGGAUGACUAUUUCAUUUCUAGAUUUGUUCAUCUAAAAAUUAAAUGUACAUUUUCUUUUCUAAAUGCAAGGUUUUGAAAUUGUUCCAAGUUUUUAUGAUUUUUUUUUUUUUUGCUUUAUGAAUGUGACUUACUAUAUUUUGCCUCCUAAGUACUACCAAUCAUCUGUUGUAAAUAAUUAUGCAAAUUAAACUUU